AUGGAUGGAAAAUCAGUUGGCACAAUCUCAUCAUGGGAGAUCUUGCAUUGGAAAGUCUACGUGGACGGCGCGGCCAACCAAAGAGGAUCUGGAAUUGGGCUAUUUCUAAUAUCGCCCGAAGGUAUUGCCAUUGAAAAAUCGCUAAGACUCGGGUUCUCGGUUACGAACAACGAGGCCGAGUACGAAGCUUUACUUCAAGGAAUGAUGAUGGUUCAAAAGUUGGGCGGAAAGGCAAAGGAAGCGUUCUCGGACUCCAAAUUGGUCGUUGGCCAAGUGAUGGGUGAGUUAGAAGCUAGAGAUACUAGAAUGCAAGAAUAUCUCGGUCGAGUCAAACACCUGCAGUCAGACUUUCAAUCCUUUAACCUGACGCAUGUUUCUAGAAGUGGGAACACACAUGCUGAUUCGCUGGCCACUCUUGCCACGUCCUCUGCACAUGAUCUGCCACGAAUAAUCCUUGUUGAGGAUUUAUGCUAG